UGCUUAUCAAUACACUCACACACUCAAAUACUCAAAUGCCUACAAAUGCUUAUCAAAUGCUUAUCAAUGCCUACAAAUAAUCAUCAGUGCCUGAAAAUGCUAGUGAAUGCCUGUCUCAUGCUUAUCAACGUCGGAAAGUCCCUAAAAGAUUUUGCUCAUGUCUAUCAAUGUCUGCUGCUAAUGAAUACUGCUUUGCAGUAACCACAUAUUCAAGUCCUGAAGCCACAAGAAACAUAAUCAAUUUACUUUGCCACUAUCUGCCAAGCUCUAUCAAGCUCUACUACAAGAAAAGAAAACGUAUAAAAAAACAAAACAAGACAAAAACUAACCAGAUAGGUCGCUACUUCUCUAUGCUGGAUCACCCCGAGACGCUCCUAUUGCUAUGGCUCUGCCUCUACAGCUGAUGAAUGGCCCGUAAACUCUCCCUACUACUGAGCUCGAUGCUUUCAAUGUUCCAAUAUUCCAAUAUCCCAAUGUCCCAAUGUCCCACCGUUUCAAGGUUUCACUGUUUCUGCUGCGCGCACUGUCCGUAGUGUUUUCAAAAAGCUUCGUCCUAGGUACUUAGGUGCACUCUUCGUACGUUGAAGCUCCCCUUUCCUGAGUUUCCCGUGGUUGUUUUUUGAGUCUUGAGCCUUGGGCCUUGUGUCUUGAGACUUGAGUACUUUUUAUUCAUGGAGGGUUUACACCGUGUAGUCUUCUGGCAUGCAGUCUAUGGUUCUAGUCAUCUUGGGUUUGAAAGCUAGCGAUAAUGUGGCCUUCUGGACUUACGGAAAGAAAAAAAG